AUGGACUUCAAGUCGCUGAUGUCGGCUCAGAUCGCCAAAGCCAAACCGCCGCUGUCCAAGUCUCCUGCGUCCCCAUCCCCCUCCCCCACGCCCGACUCUGCGCCGCCGGCCUCGACCACGGCAAACAAAUACGUCCGGCGCGCGGAGCUCGAAGCCUCCCGGCAAGCCGAGUACCUCGCGGAACAGGCCCGACUCGCCGCCGAGCGGGAACAACGGCUCGCGAAGAAGCGGAAGCUCGAGGAAGAGGAAGCCGAGCGGGAGGCGCGGCGCGAGGAGAAGCUGCGCAGACUGGCCGAGGAGUCACGCAGGAGGCGGGAGGAGGAAGAGAAGGAAGAAGAGAGGAGACGCAGAAAACGCCUCGGGCUGCCCGACGCACCGGAACACCUGGCCCUCGAGGACGGCAAGACGGACACUGGUGAAGCCGGCACAGGAGAAGCUGGAGGAGAGGACAUCGUCGAUGACGAAUUGCGACGCAAGCUCCGCGAGAUCGGUGAACCGGCAGCUCUCUUCGACGAAGACCACUCUGCCCGACUGAAACGCUACCGCUCCCUCACCCGGACGGCGCUGACGACCGCGUCGUCACAGAAGCUGAGCAAUGGACCGAUCCCGACAACACUGGAGCCCGUCGAGGAACAGGACAUGCUCCUCCCCUCGGCCCUCCCGCUUCAGCCGGGGACCGAGGAGUACACAUUCCUCCACCGGCAGCUGGCGUCCUACUUCACCCUCCUGCUCACCGAGUGGGCCCACGCGCUGGCCGAACGCGACGAAGCGGUCAAGCAGUCCGCGAGCGGGAAGGCGGCGUACAACAACUACGUGGUGGUGUUGAAGGACCUGACGCCGCUGUUCCGACACUUUGAGAAACAGUCGCUGGACGCGGGCCUGCUCGAGCCGAUCUGCAAGAUCGUGCGGUCCGCCCAGCAGCGGCGCUACGUCGAGGCCAACGACGAGUACCUCACCUUGUCCAUCGGCAAGGCCGCCUGGCCCAUCGGCGUGACCAUGGUCGGCAUCCACGAACGGUCCGCGCGCGAGAAACUGCACGAGAGCUCCAGCGGGAAGCAGGCCCACAUCCUGAGCGACGAGGUCACGCGCAAGUUCCUGCAGAGCAUCAAGCGGUGCAUCAGCUUCGCCCAGACGAGGUGGCCGCCGGAAGAUCUGGGCCAGUUGAUGGGAUGA